GCAAAGUAUGUGUAUAAUGGUGAUCGCACUAAGGAAGAAUUGGUUGAUUAUGCUCUGCGUAUGAGUGGUCCUCCCGUACAGCUAGUUACACGCCCCGAAAGUGUUGAUAUGCUUAAGGGUUCUCACACUAUAUUCUUUAUUUUCGUUGGCCAACAAGAGGGUAUUUUGUGGGAAUCGUAUUAUGCCGCUGCAGAGAAUUAUCAAGAAUAUGGAUUUUUCUAUGCAACCUCGCCGGAUAUAGCAUCACAACAUUUCGAUUUUGAGCAUUUACCAGCCCUGCUGGUUUACAAAGAUGAGCAACAUUAUGUAUAUCCACAUGCACAUGUCGUAGACACCAUGGAGGGCACCGAAAUUAAUGAAACGGUUCAUCAUUGGGUGAAUGUUGAGAGAUUUACAACUUUUCCGAAAAUCACGCGCUUCAAUAUAAAUCAGUUAAUGCUUACGAAGAAGUAUCUUGUUGUAGCCGUAGUAGAGGAGGACAAACUAAACCAAGUAGCUACACAUGAACUAGAAUUCCGUGACAUGGUUGAAGCAGUUAUUCGUAAGCAUCGCGAUAGAUAUCAUGAUAAAUUUCAAUUUGGAUGGAUUGGCGAACCUGGUAUAGCACACUCUAUUAUAUUGGAUACAUUGCCUACUCCUCAUUUAAUCGUGAUCAACUCUACAACCCAACAUCAUUACAUACCAGACGAUGAACCACUAAAAAUUACACCGCAAGCACUUCACAUCUUCCUAGAGUCGAUUCAUAAUGAAAGCGCUACUCCACUAGGCGGCGACACUUACUUUGUACGACUACGACGCGCAUUUUUCGAAGCUAAGAAGGGAUUGCGUGACAUGUGGCAGGGCAAUCCUGUACUUACUACUGUCAUAUUUGGAUUGCCAUUUGGAUUUUUGUCACUCAUUUUAUAUUCCAUAUUUUGUGGAGAUUGCUUCGUGGCCUCAGACGAAGAAGAUGAUCACGAGAAGACAGAGUAAACUUUACGUAAAAAAAGCUUCCGCUUUUUAGAGCAUUUAAUUAGAACAUUCAUUUGAAUUAAUUUAUAUUUUCUAGUCUACUUAAAUUGGUUUGUAGUUUAAUUUAUAGGUGCCAUGUAAAUUUGUUUUAUAUUCUUGUGUACAUGUAAGAAACAAACUAAACACAAAAAUAUGUUAUUAUUUUUAUUAGUUUUAUAGAUGCGAAUGUUUGAUAGGAAUAAAAAAUUGCAAUAUAUUUUACAUUCCAACAUCUUGCAUGCGUAUUUGACCAAAAAUAAAACGUUCGAUACUGAAAUAUUGAGAAAAACUAAA